AUGGUGUACUGUGGUAAGCCAAGCAAAGGAUGCGGCCACUGUCGAUCCCGCAAGAUCAGAUGUGAUCAGGCCCGCCCGGCAUGCUCGCAGUGCGUGAGAGCUAAGCGGGACUGCCCCGGAUAUCGAGAUCAGCUCUCGCUCAUGUUCCGCGACGAAAGCAGCUCGGUGGUGCGAAAAGCAAAUGCAGAUACUAAACCAGAGACAAGGAAAUCGAGUUCACCGCCGGAAACUCGUGCAUUAUCGCGACCAAAACAGUCAGCAGCGCGAACUCGUCGCAAAGCUUCCCCAGAUGGGAAUCCAGAGAGUGCGCCGACCGUUGAGGUGGGGCCAGAUUUGUUUCUCGAUUUCAACGCAGAUCCACUACAGCAGUUUACACUGUUGAAUUUCACGAAUCUUCCCAUGGAGGUUCAGCCAUCGGCUCCAAAUCAAGAUGAUGCUAUUUGUUAUUUUAUGCGCACAAAUGCAUUUCCGGGCGCUUUUUGGAUGGUGGAUUUCAUGGAAAAGUUCCUUUUGCAACCUGGUGGAACUCAGAGCACAAAAGCCAUGCGAGCAAGCAUGGCUGCUGUUGCUUCCGCGAUGCUAUGUCGUGUUAGGAAGGUAACUGCAUUAAAGGAAAUUGCGCGAAAAGAAUAUUGUUCUGCGCUUGAGCUUUUAAAUUCUGCAUUGGUCAGUGUGGAGGAGGCCAAGUCAAACCAGGCGUUGGGGGCCGUCGUACUGCUUGCCAUAUACGAAAUUGUCACUUCUAGAGCUCCCCAGGACAUUGACUCUUGGACUAAUCAUAUAAGAGGGGCGACAGCCCUCCUUGAAAUGAGGGGUCCCGAGCAACUAAACACCGAAGCCGGCCUUCGUCUAUUUUUGCACUUACGCUAUCAGAUCGUCGUUAGCUGUAUGCAACGAGACGCGAGAGUACCCGACUCCCUCUUGGAGAACACGAGGACCGUCCUCAAGCUCCGCCCAAAUGAAGCUCAUAGCAAUCGACUGGUUAUAAUUGUCGGCCGACUUUCUAACCUCCGUGCCGAUAUUAUAUCCGGUGUUAUAACCGAUGACCAGCAAAUUAUUUCAAUGGCGUCGGCCAUUGAAGCCGAGCUGAUCUCCUGGCUCGCAGCACUACCAGCUGGAUUCACCUAUGAAACCCAUACAAAAUCUCGCUUCGACUAUGGCUUCCAAGAGCGUUGUCGUGGACUGGCUCCGUAUGAGGACCAGUAUCACGUAUACCCUGAUCUCUGGGCCUUCAACACAUGGAACCAGUACCGCUGCGCCCGUAUCCUAGCGAGCGAAAUUAUCUUAACCCACAUCCGACAGAUGUCCGACUCAUCUUCAUUAAAAUCUAUGUCCGAGGAAUUCCAGCUCCAUUGCAAGACUCUUCGCGCGAAUAUUCGUCGCUUGGCUGUUGAUAUUUGCCGUAGUGUGCCGUACGCCCUAGGCGUUCACAAACCGGAGUUCGACCCUACUCUCCCACCACCGGAUAGCUACUUGGGCGGCAUGGUGUUAUUAUGGCCGCUGUAUAUGGCUGGCACAGCGGAGAACGCGACACAUCCACUUCGUCGGUGGGUGGUACAAUGUUUGCGUAUGGUUGGCUUUACCUAUGGACUUGAUCAAGCUCUAGCGCUGAUGGACAUUGUCGCCGCCGACCCGGGUAUUUUGCAUUCCGUUACAGAUGCUGAAUUGGAUCAAGGCCGCAUCACUGAGGUGCCUACUUCCAAUAUGUCCACUUCGAGAACUGCAGUUGAGCAGGCGAAAGGUUACCAAAACUCAUUCCCUGGCUCGAUAGUGGAGCUCUAA